AUGGAUUCAAACACCUUGCAAGCCUUCCAGAGUGAACUAACCUGCUCCAUCUGUAUGAACUACUUCAUAGACCCCGUCACCAUAGACUGUGGGCACAGCUUCUGCCGGCCCUGCCUGUGCCUCUGCUGGGAGGAAGACCAGACUCCAAAGAGCUGCCCUGAGUGCAGGGGAAUAUCAGAGAAGCCAGAUUUCAAAACCAAUAUUGUACUCAAGAGGCUCGCUUCCCUUGCCAGACAGGCCAGAGCUAACCAGGUCAACAGCUCGGAGGAGCAGAUCUGUGUGACACACAAAGAAGCCAAAGGGCUCUUCUGUGAGGUUGACAAGACCCUGCUCUGCGGCCCCUGCUCUGAAUCCCCAGAGCAUGCGGCUCACAGCCACAGUCCAAUACAAUGGGCUGCUGAGGAAUCCCGGGAGAAACUUCUGAAGAGAAUGGACUCUUUAAGGAAAAUGGCACAAGAAAUGCAAAACAGUCUGGAUCAGGAAGUCAACAAAACUCAAACAUUAGAGAGCUAUGUGGCCUUAAGGAAGGUCAUGAUUAAAGUUCAGUAUCAGAAGAUGCACCUGUUUCUCCAGGAGGAGGAGCAACUCCAUCUGGAGGCACUGGAGAAAGAAGCAAAGGAGGCUUUGCAAGAACUCAGGGAGAGUGUAUUCAGAAUGACUCAACAGAAAGAAAGUCUGAAAGAAAUGUACAGAGAGCUGACUGAGAUGUGCCACAAGCCUGAUGUGGAGCUGCUCCAGGCCUUGGGAAAUGUAUUGAAAAUGACUGAUUUGGAACAGAUGCAAAAGCCUCAGCCAGUGACCCCAGAGCUCACUUCCUGGCCUGUCGCUGGAAUCCUAGACAUGCUGAACAACUUCAGAGUGGAUAACGUUCUGGGUCAGAAAACGACCAUUCACAAUGUGAGCCUUCCUGAGGAUGAUACAAGUGUGAUGUUUGGAGGUGACCAGCACGGCGUGUCCAGACGGCCCCAGAGUGUGGAGAGUUUUGUGGCCUGGGGAGCUGUGGCCUUCACCUCCGGGAGGCACUACUGGGAGGUGGAUGUGAUACACUCCUCAAACUGGAUCCUGGGAGUCUGUAAAGACACCUUGACAAGCGAUACUAAUACCAUUGUUGAUUCUGAUGAAGCAUUUUUUCUAUUUUCUAUGAAGGUGAACAACCAUUAUAUCCUGUCCACAACCUCCCCACCCUUAAUUCAGUACGUGAGAAGGCCUCUGGGGAGGAUCGGAGUGUUUCUGGAUUAUGACAAUGGAACUGUGAGCUUCUAUGAUGUUUGCAGAGGAUCCCUCAUAUAUAGUUUCCUUCCUUCCUCUUUCUCCUCCCCUCUGAGGCCUUUCCUUUGCCUUAGGUCUCUAUGA